UCUUUCUUCUUUUCUUAUAUUUUACGUGUCAUGAAGGAAAACUCGGCUGGAUCGGAUACACAGCAUUCAAGAACUCACUCUAUUUUAAGAGUUGAUUCCUUUGCCAGUGCACUCACCCAAGAAAGCCGCCGCCCUCGUCAAGAAAAGUCUGAGGCCGAGAAGCGCUUGGUCCGUAAACUUGACAGACGGCUGAUGCUCUGGGCAUUUUUUGGGUAUUUUGCCAACGGUCUUGACCGAAAUAAUAUGCCUAAUGCCUACACUAAUGGUAUGGAUACCGAGUUGAACCUUGCAUCCGACAAGUACAAUUGGGCAAUUACCAUGUUUUUUAUUGGUUAUAUUAUUCUUCAAAUUCCCGCCAAUGCAAUCAUCACCAAGGUCAGACCUAGUAUUAUGUUACCUGGCGUUGUAUUCGUGUGGGGAGCUAUUGUGUGCUUCAUGGCUCUUGUAAAAAACUAUCAGGGUCUUUACGGUCUUCGCAUCUGCCUUGGGUUCUCUGAGGCUGCGUUUUACCCCGGAAUUGUCUUUUUACUCGGCAGUUGGUACUCUCGCGAAGAACUUGGCACUCGUACUGCUGUAUUUGUGGCAGGCUCUCAGGUAUCCGGAGCCUUUAGCGGUCUGAUAUCUGGCGCAAUUGCUUCUGGUCUUGAUGGCGUUCACGGAAUGCGUGGAUGGAAAUGGCUUUUUAUCAUCGAAGGCCUUUUGGCUGUUGUCAUUGGAUUCUGUGGUUUCUUUCUCUUACCAGAUUUCCCUCACAACACUCGUUUCAUUGUCGGUGAAGAGCGUGAUCUUGCUAUCGAACGUCUUGAACGCCAAGGAAAGAAGACUCUCAGCACUGGUCUUAAUUUGACAACUUUCCGUAACUUGCUUACUACUCCUUAUGUCUGGCUAUUUCUUUUCACUUUUAUCUGUUUUCAAGAGGGCAUGGGUAUUCUGCAGAACUUCCCAAUCAUUCUUUCCAAGCUCGGCUAUAGUUCAUCGUUUGCCAACUACAUGAUGGUUCCUAUCUGGGUAUGGGUUGCCGUUGUGCUGGUUGUCCAGGGCUGGCUAUCUGAUCGUUACGGAAAACGUGCUUGGCAUAUACUUGCCGGCAGUGCAUGGACCCUUCUCUGGUACGUCGUCUUGGUCGCAGUUGAUGGUGGCAAAAGCCCGAUCGUACUUGUGUUUGUCGCGGCCUAUAUGAUUCCUCCAAUCUUUGGCGCAAGCCCUAUCAUGAUGACCUGGCUCAACGAAAUCUACCAGAACGAUUCUGAAACCCGUGCCUUGGCCAUUGCUAUUGUAAACUCGCUUGGAAAUCUUGCUCCUAACUUUAUCAAUAUCAAGGCAUGGAUUGUCACAGAUGCACCUGAUUUCCGUACCGGAAAGAUCGUUACCAUGUCAAUGACAGCGUUAACAUUGGUCCUUAUUGGCAUCACAUAUUAUCUUGAGCAAAACAAGAUUCUCUUACCAAAGGUUCAUCAGCGUAUCACAACCACUGAUGAAGAGAAGAAGAAAGAUAUUCGAGAGGUUGUUUAA